AUGGAGACGGAGGGUUGUAUGUCGUUUGGCUCUGCCCCGAGCAGCAGGACGAGUCCGGAUCAGUCUCCGGGUUUGGAUCAUGGUUCCGGUUCUUACUUCCACUGUGAUGAGCUGCAGAAAUCCCCGCAUGCUCAGGCUGCGCAGCGGCACUCGGUGCGCACUGAUUUCUACACCGCGCGUUACACGGACUUUCCCCACGUUCUGAACACAGCUUCCUCCCCCGGAAAACACAGCAAGUACCUGGAAACAACCACACCCGACCACAAGACUUUAUCCAGCAGAGGGAAAGGCUCGUUUUACGACAGCAGCUCCAACGUUGGAGAGAAACCUUUGCCUAAACCUUUGGUUUAUCCUGUCCUUGACUCUGAAUGCUGUGGCAAACUGAAAGAGCCUUCAAAUGGACUAACAGAAGGAGAGUCCAUUGCAGACUCAAUCAACCUAUCAGGCAAGAAUAAAAAACGCAGGAACCGCACCACGUUCAGCACCUUUCAGCUGGAGGAACUAGAGAAGGUUUUCCAGAAAACACAUUAUCCAGAUGUCUAUGCACGUGAGCAGCUGGCUCUCAGAACUGAGCUCACUGAAGCACGAGUGCAGGUGUGGUUCCAAAACAGAAGGGCUAAAUGGAGGAAGCGGGAACGCUACGGAAAAAUGCAGGAUGUUCGAAACCAUUUUGCUGCUACAUAUGACAUCUCAUUGCUUCCACGGUCCAAUACCUACCAGAUGCAGGGUAACCUGUGGUCCGCGGGAUCAGGUGGUGGAGGGGGUGCCGGUGGGGCUUGCGUCCUGGGCACAGACAGUAUGCCCUCAUCCUGCAUGACUGCUUACCCGCACCCUCAUUCACACCAUCAUGCCCAUGGGCUUAUGGGAAUGUCCACAUCCUCUAAUCACCCACCUCAUCACCAUCACUCUCACCACCCAAGUAUCAAUGGCCUCUACUCUUUGCACAGCUUCCAGGGAGGUCUGGGGCCACAUUCCUUUGAGCCUGGCCCUGAGUCUGACUACAAGCCUUCAGGCCUGGUGGCACUGCGUAUGAAAACCAAAGAUCCUAGCAGCCUCUUGUCCUGGCCAACGUGACCGGCAUGAACUAGAGCUGAGCCAACACAUAUCAGAAUAUUUGUAAAGAAUAUGUAGACUUUUUCAACAGAACCUUCAUUUGUCAGGAAGGAGAAAUAUUUUUAGCCUACUAAUUUUUGUAGAUUUGAAGGUUUUUUAAUAAUAAUUGAAGUAAUGAAUGCAAUGUUCUUGUAUAUGCUGUUUUACAAUAUGUUUCAGUACGUCAAUGGUUACUGUUCUUCCUUCUAAAAU